GCAGCUCGCCCGGCGCCAGCUGGGGCAUCCACGUAGCCCAGUCCCGUUAGGGGUAGUCGGUCGCCGCGCUCCGGGUCGGGAAGUGUUCAUAUAUGGAGAUAAAACCAUGAAGAGAAAGCAGAACGACUAAUAAUGCUUUUCCGAAAUCGUUUUCUGAUCUUGCUGGCUUUGGCAGCCUUAUUGGCCUUUUUGAGCCUCAGCCUACAAUUCUUGCACUUAAUCCCAGUCAACCCAGUCAAGGAAGAUGGGCUGAACCCUAAGAGCCGAAAGAGAAUAAUGCCUGAUCCUCUGACUGAACCCCCUGCAAUUGAUCCAAUUUAUGAAGCUCGUGUUUACUGUAAUGUUCCUAGCAUAACUGAACGCAGCAUGGAAGGUCAUGCACCACAUUAUUUUAAGCUUGUGUCUGUCCACGUGUUGAUUCGCCAUGGGGAUAGAUAUCCACUUUAUGCCAUUCCCAAAACAAAAAGACCAGAGAUCGACUGUACAUUGGUGUCUAGAAGGUAAACAUCCUGGAUUUUACCAUUUCUCUCUCCAUGUUGACAUUUACUGUAACAUUUCCAAAUGUGUGAGAGCUGAGGCAUGGUGCAUGAACAAAAUUAGAGAGAGAGAAAUUACUUUUGUUGUUGUUAUGCAUCCAGUGUGUAAAACAACUAUCUGGGAAUGGUUGAUUGUCUCUUCACUCAGCCGUGAACGGUUGUCCAAGUUUUAUUAUUAGUCAUGUAGCAGUCUGUUGUUUUGCAGUCUCUUUUGCAUGUCUACUGCUUGGAUAAAGUUAGAGGGUCAUUGAAUUAUCAAAAAAUCCACUGUGUUAGCUACACUCAAAAUAGUUUGUUUGUCAUUGAAAAGAUGGCUUCUAUCAUAGCAGGCCCUGUGCAUUAAGAUGCUAUUUAAUCUCUUCAUUUGGUCCUUAAAAAUGUAAAAAUCAAAUGAUGUAAUAGUGCACAGAUGCAUGUGAAUAUUUUUCACACA